CGACAGCAGCUGCACUAUCACACACUCAGCAUCACCAAGAACGGCCAGAGGUGUUUGUUGCUCACAGGCGGCGAGCUCCAGUGGUUAGAGUGCGCCCAUAGCCUGUUCACUCACAGGAGUUUCGCACUAAUUCCCGUGCAGCUCGGUUCAGCCUGUUCUCACCCAAAUCCUUCAUCCGACCGGCCGGCUCAGUUUCCCCAUCAUGAGUGCCUUGGCCUCCCUCACGUCCCCUUCCUCCUGCCCUCACAUGUACAACAUACCCACCUACCAGAGCAACAGCACUGCCACCAGCGCUGCGACUGGGAUCAACCACGUGAUCCUGAGGCAUUACAACUACACCGGCCGUCUGCAGAACAGGACCAUCGCGAACUCCCAGACCCAGAUCAGCGUCUCCGUGGCCGUCUUCCUGUUCUUCAGCAUUUUCAUCAUCCUGGAGAAUCUCCUGGUGCUGGUGGCCGUCAUCUCCCGCAUCCGCCACAGCCGUCGUUGGGUCUAUGUUUGCAUUGCCAACAUCACGCUCAGCGAUCUCCUCACCGGAGCCGCUUACCUGGUGAACAUCUGCUUGUCUGGCAGCCAGACCUUUCGCCUGACGCCUGCUCUGUGGCUCUUCAGGGAGGGCAUGCUGUUCGUGGCCCUGGCAGCCUCCAUAUUCAGUUUGCUGCUGAUUGCUGUGGAGCGUUACACCACCAUGAUGAAGCCACUUCCCCAGAAGUCGACCAGAAAGACCUACUAUCGAAUCUAUGGCUUGGUGGCGCUUUGUUGGGGUUUGGCGCUGGUUAUUGGCUUUCUGCCCUUGCUGGGCUGGAACUGUGUGUGCAGCCUGGAUGGAUGCUCCACCCUGCUUCCUCUCUACUCCAAGACUUACAUCUUUUUUUCUCUCAUUAUUUUUUUCCUCAUCCUUCUGGCUAUCGGUGUGCUGUAUGGUGCCAUCUACUGCCACGUGCACAAGAGUGCUCAGCUGGCGCCCCAGCGCAGUCGGAAGCGCUCCUUAGCUCUGCUGAAGACUGUCAUCACCAUUGUCGGGGUCUUUAUGCUCUGCUGGGGGCCGCUCUUCAUGCUCUUACUGGUAGAUUUCUUCUGUGUUUCCCGCCAGUGCGCACUUCUGUUCAGCGCUGAAUUUUGCAUCUCCCUGGCCGUCCUCAACUCGGGCCUGAACCCCAUCAUCUACGCCCUGGGCAGCAGCGAGAUGAGAAAAGCCAUCGCUGAGCUGCUCUGCUGCUGCUGCCUGAGGGUCGGCCUCUGCCACCCGGACACAUUCACAUCUAAGGAGACCAGCAGCACCUCGGAGAGCAGGAGGGACAGUCUGAGGAACAGUUUUAAUAAGGUCAGGAACCUGAGUGUGGCCUCCCCGCCAUCCACCCCAAGCAAAACUCGCAGGGCACCUAGAAAAUAUCGUCUGAGCACCACCACCAGCUGCCUGUCAGUUUCAAGUGGUUAAACCACAACGUUCCCCUCCCAACUAAACCAACCUGUGUGCACUGAUACACAUCUAACCGUUUCCUCACAGUUUUGGUUUGAAUGUUCACUGCUUCAUGAAAUGCACUGCUGACUAAACGCUCCAGUAAUAUCCUCAAAAUAUUCCAGUUUGCAACAAUGUUACAAGAAUUUUAUUUUUUUGCAUCUUUUGUAACAGUAAAUGAUACAUUCACCGUACUUUUCUAUUAUUGCACUUAUUGUUUAUGUGAAUAUAAAAUAUGCACGUUUAAGUUGUUUUUUGUACUAAUUCUGUGUAAGAAAUAUAAAUAAAGUU